AAUUCAUCCCUGAUUGGGCUGUUCUGUGUCGUCACCAUUAAUUCAACCAAACAAGUAACGGGAAAAUGAAACGUGCUGUGAAUAUCUGUUUUGUUCUCUCUGUAAUUUUACUGAAAUGUACACGUUCCACUUUCCAGAGUACGCCUACAAGGAGACGAGUAAGAAUGAAAUAACCUACCACGAACAGGAGGUGGCCUGCGAGCAGCACACCCAGUGUGUCAAUCUCAACGUGGGCGUGACCAAGAUCAACUGCAUAAGGCACUGCAUAUCUCCAUCCUGCUACCAGGAUAUCUAUGCCUUCAACGCGCUGGAAGAUGGUGAAAUCGAUGUGAGACUGAACUCCUUCAAGGGGUGUGUCAUCCAGAGGAUGUAGCUCCUGCACCAUCUAUAUCUCACGGAUUACCUGCAGGAGAUGCAAUGGAAGAUCACCGAAUAUCUUCGCCAGUGGAUCCCCCUCGCCUAACCCUCUAGCCUUUUCCUUAAGUAUUCAGAUGGGAACUGAGUCUUACGACAUUUACGAUAAUUUAUGCAUUAGUUAGAAUACUUUCUCCAUUCGAUUGGACUGCCACAUAAAUACUAUAACUGAA